CUGAGGAUUUUAUGUGGAGGUAGUAAUCGUGGCGAAUACUGAGCUACGCCGAGCUGAGCCUAGGUCCAUAGUGAUGAGAGUUCGCUACGCAUGCACAUUUAUAUAACACAAGUAAGUGCGCAAUUGAGCCUACACAGUCCCAAAACAGGCACUUCACAGAAGGCAGAGAACGAUUUCAAUGGAUCGAGAGACGGUGAGCCUUUUGUACUUAAUAUGACUAUGACAACUGGUGGCAUGCAGCGACGGGCGAUGAGAAGAGUCCGCCGGCGCUUGCCGCUGAGCCUCACGGUGUCCUUGCUAGCUCGCACGGUCCUCACACACUCGAUCGUUAUGAUCAUCUCUCUCCCAAUAAUUAAAUGCCCACACGGACGGGUAAGCGGCCCCGAUAUUAUUCGGCACUGCAUCUGAGUAUCACAGUCGCACAAAGGCCUCAUCGGCCUUCAGCAUUUAGAAGCUCACCACGUGUAUUGAGUGUCCAAAGAUCUCUCUCCUCCAUCCACUUGUCAACACCGACCAUGUCACUGCGACAAACGGCUGAAGGUCUCAGGCGAAAGAUCGAUGAGAUCCUCGCAGCAGGAGGCGACAUGGCGAUACCAAUUCUCACAGCCGUCAACGUUGCGCUCCCAUUCAUCGAGGAAAGUGUCAAACUCUGGCGCGAGCUGAUUGCCAUUCACCCAGGAUCAUACACCCCAGAUUUGGCUCAGUCACUCAAUAAUCUAUAUCUUGCUCUUUCGAAUCUCGGACGGUCCUCGGAGGCGCUCCCGUUCAUCCAGGAAAGCGCCAAACUCUACCGUGAGCUGGUUGUCGUCAACACGCCUCGAAUUUGGAUUGGUCGCUCAACGCACUACGCACCGCUCUUUCUGACCUCGGACGUGAUUCCGAGGCACUGAUUUGAACAACUUGGGUCCCCCUGAGACCUUGGACCUUCCUAUUCCCCUUUUCAUUGCAUUCCCUUGUUUGCUACUUGUAGUGCACACGGCUCGAUUUGAGAAUACUGGGGGGUUGACAUUGAUUUUUGGUUUGGGACUAUUGAUGAAAUAUUUACGGGUUUUCUUGACUGUUUGGUUCACAACUGAUCGUGAUCCUAACUUAAUAAUAUCAUAAUAUCAAGAACACUCAUUUAUUUGUACCCACUAUUGCCCAUGAUUCCGUGCAGGUUAUAUCCUGACACCACAAUCAAGUAGUUCGUGGAACGAAUGCCUGUGGAGCCAUCGCCUGGUGAAGUAGGAAAU